GUUCACUCAAUCCGGGCUGUAAACACAAGGAACAAGUCUGGGUGGAACUAGGCGGAAUCGUUACGGACUAUAAAACCUCACCGAAAAGGGAACUGAAUCCCCCCCCCCCCCCCUUUUUUUUUAAAUACGCACGUACUUUUGCUUAAAGUCAAUUGUUGUUGAAACCCCGCGUCUUUCCUGGCAAGUUUGCGGAAGAAAGGUACAAGAAAGAGUAGAAGAAGCAGCCGAGACCUGAGGACUCUUGAUCUAAUUGAAGUGCGGACUGAGCGACCAAGGCAGCCGAAGGACACUUCAGCAUUUGCGAUGGCCACGCUGGUGGAGGGCGACGUUCACACCUUCGGCUCGCAGCUGCCGGCCAUGUUUGACGGCGUGAAGCUAGCGGCGGUGGCCACAGUCCUGUACAUCAUCGUGCGCGGCCUCAACCUCAAGAGCCCCUACUCGCCUCCGGAGCUCACCUACCAGGACACGCCCCUCAUGCGCUACCUACUCCAGUGCUGCCCCCUGCUGACCAAAGAUUACAUUCCUCCCCAACUGUGGGGAAAGAGCGGCCACAUCCAGACGGUCCUCUACGGCAAGAUGGGCCGCGUCAGCACUCCUACGCCCCGCGGCGUACGCAAGUUUCUACCGAUGCCUGAUGGGGCCACGGCGACCUUUGACCUGUUUGAGGCGCUAGCGGACCACAGCACGGGAGAUGACAUCACCAUGGUAAUCUGCCCUGGGAUUGGCAACCAUAGUGAGAAGAACUACAUACGGACCUUCGUGGAUCACUCCCAGCGACAAGGCUACCGCUGUGCCGUCCUCAACCACCUGGGAGCGUUGCCUGACAUUGAGCUCACCGCCCCGCGCUUGUUCACCUAUGGUUGCACGUGGGAGUUUGCGGCCAUGGUGACGUCCGUCAAGCAAGCGUUCCCUCACACACUGCUGGUGGUGGUGGGCUUCAGCCUGGGGGGCAACAUUGUGUGUAAAUUCCUGGGCGAAAACCCGUUCAACCAGGACAAAGUUCUGUGCUGCAUCAGCGUCUGCCAGGGCUACAACGUCCUCAGAGCGCAGGAAACUUUCCUCCAGUGGGACCAGGGGCGAAGACUGUACAACUUUUUUCUAGCGGACAACAUGAAGAAGCUCAUCCUGUCACACAGGAAAAGCUUGCUCGACAUGAACUCCUGUAACAUUAGCGACGCCGAUGUGAGCAGACUGUGUGCGGCCACAUCUCUCGCGCAGAUCGAUGACAGCGUUAUGAGAAAGUUCCAUGGCUACAGCUCCUUGGAUGAGUACUACCAGCAGGAAAGUUGUGUCCAUUACAUGCACAAGGUGACCGUUCCUCUCAUACUGAUUAACUCCAUAGACGACCCUCUGGUGCAUCCCUCUCUGCUCGCCAUUCCGCGCACGUUGUCAGAGAAGUUACCCAACGUGAUUUUCGCCCUGACACAACACGGCGGCCACUUGGGCUUCUUCGAGGGGGCCAUGCUGUUGCCUCAGCCCCUCACCUGGAUAGACAAGAUCAUUGUGGAGUUAGCUGACGCCAUCUGCCACUGGGAGAGGAAGACGCCGGCCAGGCAGGAGAGAAACUUCCCGAACUUCAAGUCCAAGAGUACCGAGCUAGUGAGCAAACAAGCGCAGGCGUGGUCGUCCGUGGCCGCAUUAUUUCAGUGCGAGUGGCCCUACGGUUAGCACUUUCAGCAUUUCCUGUGUAUAUUCUUCUUUGAACACCCCUAUGUAAGGCCGCGCUUACGGUUGGUACAUGAGGGGAGAGAAGCCAAAGAAAAUGCAUAACAGGUAGAAAUGAUCCUUCGAUACCCGCAUAGCGGAGGUCUCGCAAAAUAUGCUAAAUGUUGAACGUUUAUGCGACUUGAGAUGCAUAUUUUUCCAAAGCGUACAACCUCUGGGCUGUUGGUUCCACUGUAUAGUGAUUUAUCUACUGUAUAUAAUAUUAUUCUUGUUGAACUUUGAAAGUUUACAGAUUGACAUCAAGUGCCUUUGCACUACUUUUUGAAUACAAUAUUUAUUGCAAUCAAUGAUGACUUUUGGUUACAGGAAUCAUAUUUUUAAUGUGCACUUUAUACUGUUGGGACAAAGGUUUUUUUUUAAAAACAUUUGAUUAAAAAAAAUUUGUAAUUUUGUUGUUUAUUAUCUCCAAAAUAAAGAAACUUUAUGGCACAUA